CCUCAGUUCGUGUCUGAAUAUCACAGCCCCCGUGCACACACAGCCUCUGAAAAAGCCUCUGAAAACAAAAAACGCGUAAAGCAAUCAGUAAACCAGUGAACGCCAAACGAGAGUGGAGCCAAGCAAAAUAAAUUCAAUCCAAAAACUUUGAUUAAAAACCCAAUUCCAAAAUGCAUUCGGAAAAAGUUUGUGUCGCCUUCGCGCUGCUCGCCUGCCUCGCCCUCGCUGAAGCGGCCGUCUACAGCCAGCCCGCCAUCUUUCAUCCUGCACAUCCCGGCAAGUGCUUCGACAAGUUCACCAGGCGAGCGAUGCUGCCCGACAAGGAGUACAAGCCGAAGGGCAUCUGCGCCAGCAUGACGUGCAGCCUCGAGGCGCGGGAGAUCAGUAUCGAGACCUGUCCCUAUGUCGAGGCACCCGGCUGCGAGGAGCUGCCCGCCGACGUCAACUGGAGCUUCCCCAAGUGCUGUCCGCAGUUCAAGUGCGUUGACUUCAAGACCGGCAAGGAGUUUGUCGUCUCGCUGUAGAUGCCGCAUCCAAUGCAGCAUCAUGUCCAGCUGCUGCCCCACCCACCCUGUCAGUUGAAACUGAAACGUGAUUUUACAUGAAAUGUAUUCGUAGAUUCGUAGUCUCUGUGUGUGCCUGAUUUUUGAGUGAGCGCGAGCGAGCGAGCCCGAGUGAAUGAUUCAUCUAACUUCUUAAUUUAUUUAUUGUAAUUUGUACAUAACACUCACUCCCAAUCCCAAUCCCGCAUAAGCAUUAAAACCUCCCACCCCCCCUUGUCGGCAUUGUCUUCAUGUUUCAUGUGUGAACAGAAUUUUAGUUUGUUUUGAUUUAUUCAAAAGUCCCCUGUAUGCGAUAUUUGCAAUUAUGACUAACUUUAAACAUAAAUUGUUUAGUUUUUAAGUUUUAAAUCAAAUAAAACACAUAAAUACAUAUGUAUAUGUAUGUA